AAACUCUCUCCUCCCUUAGUGAUCAUAUUGGCUUUCAUCUUCUACAUUACACCACAAAAAUGGCUUGCUCAGAGGUUUGUAAAGAGGUGGAGUUGAAACAGGAACAAGAAGAAGCAUGCACUAAAGAUGGAACUAUUGAUUGGCAUGGCCAACCUGCUAUAAAAGCAAAAUCUGGACAAUGGACUGCUGGAAUUAUCAUUCUCUUGAACCAAGGGCUAGCAACCCUAGCUUUCUUUGGAGUAGGGGUGAAUUUGGUGCUGUUCCUCACAAGAGUGUUGGGCCAAAACAAUGCUGAUGCUGCUAACAAUGUCAGCAAAUGGACAGGCACUGUCUACAUUUUCUCUCUUGUUGGUGCUUUCCUCAGUGAUUCCUAUUGGGGAAGAUACAAAACUUGUGCCAUCUUUCAAGUCAUCUUUGUCAUUGGAUUGGUGUCACUAUCACUAUCAUCAUACCUUUUCUUGAUUAAACCAAAAGGGUGUGGAGAUGAAGAAACAAAAUGUGGGUCACAUUCAGGCUUUGAGAUAGCUCUGUUUUACCUCUCAAUCUACUUAGUUGCACUAGGGAAUGGAGGGUAUCAACCAAACAUUGCUACAUUUGGGGCUGAUCAAUUCGAUGAAAACGACCUUAAAGAAGGUCACUCCAAGGUUGCCUUUUUUAGCUACUUUUACUUAGCUUUGAACCUUGGGUCACUUUUCUCCAACACCAUCUUGGGGUAUUUUGAAGAUGAAGGGAUGUGGGCACUUGGAUUUUGGGUGUCAAGUGGUUCUGCCUUGGCUGCACUUGUUUUGUUCCUAGCUGGAACCACCAGGUACAGGCAUUUCAAGCCAAGUGGGAACCCACUAUCAAGGUUCAGUCAAGUCCUUGUGGCUGCAACAAAGAAAUGCAACAUUGAUAUGCCACUUGAUGCUGAUAGCUUGUUUGAUGUGGAUCGAAAUGAUUCUUCUAUCAAUGGCAAUAGAAAGAUUCUCCACACCAAUGAAUUCAAGUUCUUGGACAAAGCAGCAUACAUAAGUACAAGGGAUAUAGAUGAUCAAAAGAAGGGAAUUUAUACACCAUGGCGUCUUUGCCCUGUUACACAAGUUGAAGAAGUUAAAUGCAUACUAAGAUUACUCCCAAUAUGGCUUUGCACCAUAAUCUACUCUGUUGUCUUCACACAAAUGGCCUCACUCUUCGUGGAGCAAGGCGCUGCAAUGAAAGUCAUUGUCUUGAACUUCCGUAUCCCACCCGCCAGCAUGUCUAGCUUCGACAUUCUCAGCGUCGCGUUGUUCAUAUUCCUUUACCGACGAAUCCUCGAUCCACUUGUAAGCCGGUUACGAAAAAAGAGUUCCCGAGGACUCACUGAGCUUCAAAGGAUGGGAAUCGGACUCAUCAUAGCAAUACUAGCAAUGGUUUCAGCUGGAAUUGUAGAAUGCUAUAGAUUAAAGUAUGCUAACAAAGAUUGUAUCCAUUCUGAAGGCUCAAGUUCCUUGAGUAUAUUUUGGCAAGUCCCUCAAUACGCAUUUAUUGGCGCAUCGGAGGUAUUCAUGUACGUCGGCCAGCUCGAGUUCUUCAACGCACAAACACCCGACGGGUUAAAAAGCUUCGGAAGUGCACUAUGUAUGACAUCAAUAUCAUUAGGGAACUAUGUUAGUAGCUUGCUCGUGACAAUGGUGAUGAAGAUUUCAACUGAAGAUCAUAUGCCUGGUUGGAUACCAGGGAAUCUCAAUAAGGGUCAUUUAGAUAGAUUUUAUUUUCUAUUGGCUGGUUUAACAACCAUCGAUUUGGUUGUUUAUAUAGCAUGUGCUAGAUGGUAUAAAUGUAUUAAGCUUGAAGGAAAAGGUGAUGAAAAUGAUGAUGAGAGAGGUAGCUUUAAUAAAGUGUGAUGAUAUGUACUAUGUAUAUUCCCCAUUUACAAAGAAAUUCUAUAUGUGUUUGAAUGAAA